UAUUAAACUCAUACUUCACCUUUAGAAAUGAUCUCUUUUCUACAGAAAUUUUCUGAUGUAGGUAUCAGAAUAUUGCCCAGUAAUUUCCUGUUUAUUCAGAGACAUAGGGACUGGCCAGACCUUAAGAGCUCACCUAACUUACCUCUGUGCCUCAUGGCAGGAUUUGAUUACCACUGUCAUUCCUGGUUGAUGUUUGUAUACAGAUGAUCCAUCACAGAGUUUCUUUCAGUCCUUAGGUGCUCCACUGCCUGAAACUGAAAACUCUGAAACUCUGUCCAACUCUGAAUGCUUUCCCUGAUACCUAACCUGAAUUUCACUUGUUGUCAUCUUCUAGUCACAGGCUGAUGGGCUUGGAGAACAUGUGAAAGCUUAAGGUGUUACAUUUCUGCUCAAGUCUUCCCUUAGCUUGUUUCCUCUCUGAUACUCUUUAGGCUCUCAUAUCGUUUGCUGUGUACUGGCUUCUCUUUAUCUGCUGCAUGGCCUGCUUAAGUGCAGUAUCUGAGCUGGGCACAGCGUGUGUGAGUGGAGGCUUUAUCAGCACUGUGCAGAGUGGAAGGAUUACAUCAUGUGUCUGUAGAGGACACCGGUGUUUUGCUGGCAUCAUUUCACAAGUGCAUGGCAUUGUUUAUGUCUCUUCAGUUUAUGGCCCUCCAAACCCCCACAUCCUUUUCUGCAGAACAGAUACCUAAUCAGUUGAUUAUUUAGAGCUAGUCAUUCACAGUUGGCAAUGCCUAAUUGCAGUUGAGAACUUGCCCAUAUUGAACUGCACCCAAUCUCCACCAAUUUGUCAAGAACUUUCUUAAUUCUAGUCUUACCUUCAAAGCACACGCCUUUCCCAGCUUGUGUCAUCUGCACAUUUAAUAGGGUAGUUGCAAUCAAGGUUGCUAAAGAAUGUAAGUCAUUAGCCUUGUUCUUCUCCUUCCUGUAACUCCAUUACAUGCAGCCCCACUUUCUGCAGAGUCUUCUCUAGCCCUUGGGUCAUUUUCUGCUGCUUGUCCUGCUUGUGAGCCUGUGUUCCCCAGCCCUAUGGAUCACAACCCAAAGCUCUCAGCAUGAGGUUAGGAAGCUCACCUUGCUCUGGUCCAGGUAACUUCCCAAAAUGCCACUGAUGUUCACAUGGCUGUAUAGCAAGAGCAUUGAACAGGAUGGUAUAAAACCAUUGCAGGAAGCCUGCACAGUUUCCCAGCAACAUUUGGAUUUGAUUUUCUAGGGGAAGAACAAAUUGGGAUGUCAGCAGUGGUCCGUAGGUAGCUGGCUAUAGGUUAUUUCUUUGCAGUCGGUCAUUAAACAUUCCUGCUCUUCCAAAAUUAUUAGAGAAUUGUCAGACUAUGCUAUCUAAUUAACCCUCAAUAAAGCAAACCCAUUUCUGAGCUAAACUGUGUGCUUGUAUGGAGCCUUCCAUCCUGUGGUUAAAUCUGUAGUUCCCUUUUUCAAUGCGUGCUUGUCUAACUUAUCAUCUGCCAUCAUUUCUGAAGUACCUAUCACAUUUGUACUUGAAAGACAGCAGUUAUAAAAGAAACCCACAGGAAGAUGACCCAGAGGACGUUUGAACAAAUGGAGCUGACUCUUCACAGAACCUUCGAGCCUCGCAGGUAUCAGCCUCUUUAAGAUGGUGACAGAUCCACGUACUGGUACAUGGCUGUUCUCAUAUACCAUUUGAAGAUCAUAGCCAGCACGAUGAAAGUUUUUCUGAUCCUCCUUUGGACAGCAAACUUCAUUCAGCCAAACAUACCUCAGGCUGCAGGAGUUCAGGUUUUCCCACCUGUUAACUUCACCCUUACAGUCUCUGCAUUAGCACAAGUGCUUUUACAGUGGAAACCAAACCCUAAUCAGGAACAAAAAAACUACACUAUUAGAUAUGAUGUGAAAAUCCUAAGCCCAGUGCCUGAAGAGUAUGAUACAAAGAAGACUCACACUAUCCAAACAGCUCCACUUCACAAUGGUUUCUCGGCACACGUUCGAACGUUACUUCUCCAUAAUGACCUUCAGAUGAGGAGUGACUGGGUGAAGGAAAAUCUCCUGCCUGCACCAGGUGCUCCAGAGACAUCUGUCACCAAUUUGUCCUGUGUUACUCGCAUUAGUGUUUCUAAUACUGUUUCUCUCCAUUGCACCUGGCUUCCUGGCCAAGAAGCACCAGAAGAUACCAAAUACUUCCUAUUUUACAGGUAUGAGAUGUACACUGAAGAGUGUGAAGAUUAUAUAAAAGACAAGUGGAACAGGAAUACUGAGUGCAGAUUUUCAGUGACUCAUAUUGAUCCUGAAGAGGUUGAUAAUCUCAUUGUAAUACACAUUAACGGUUCUAGCAAGUAUGCUGCAAUCAAGCCUUUUCAGCAGCUAUUUAACCAAAAUGCCAUUGAGAAAGUGAAUGUUCCCAGAAAUGUCACUGUAUUCUUAGAGCAAAAUGAUCUCCUGGCCACAUGGGAGAAGCCAAUUUCUCCUUUCCCUAAAGAAUGCUUUGAAUAUGAAUUUUACCUCUUCAACUUGAAGUCAGGUAACAAGCAGAUACUGAAAAUACCUGUAAAUGCCUUCAGAUUACGGAUUGAUGUUACCAGCAGGUAUUCCAUACAAGUAAGAGCUAAUCAUCACAUGUGUUGUACAAGAGGUUUUUGGAGUGAUUGGAGUGAAAUUAUUUAUGUUGGGCAAAACAAACUGGAGAAUUCCACAGUCUGGAUUCUCGCUGUGCUUUGUGGGUCCACAUGCUUCACAUUCCUACUUGUUGCUAUAAUAUGCAAAACAAACCGUGUAUGGAGUAAACUCUUUCCACCAAUUCCAACACCCAGCAACAAAUUCAGAGACCCCUUCCCAAAUAACUAUCAGAGAGCACAUACCUGCACCAGUGAGACAGAGACCGAAUUCAGUAGCUUUGCUGAAGAUCUCUACUGCAAUGCCCUUGAUGACCCUGUCUUCUGACAGUCUGCAGGGCUGGUGAGGCUGGUGGCCCUGGCACGUCGCUGGAGUGGGCUUCAUGUCACCUUUGCUGCAGCGAUGUUUCCUGCAGGACAGGAGGACUUGCUUCCACAAGGUGCCUUGCGUCAUGAUAAGCUACUCAACAAAAUGUCCCAGUUUGUACAGUCUGCACAACAAAGUAGGCAUUUGUAAUAUCUUGGUUUCCCUGGGGCUUAAGCAUCCCCAGCUUUUGGCUGUGUGAAGCUGGUGGGUGCUGCGAGACCCCGACCAGUAUGAAAUGAGAGCUUCACUUGUGUUCCUCACACUCCUUUCUGAAUGAGGGAAUGUCUCUGGAGUGGUGGGCUCUGCAAGAGCGGCUGUCUGCCUCCCUGGCUUCUCACUCAUCUUCAGUCCAAGGCUCCUUUGCAGGCUCUUGCCUUUGACAUGAGCUGGCAGCAUCUACAAAAGGACAAGAAGAGAUCGUUUGUUCUUCCUGGCACAAGAGGUUAAAGCUUAAGGGGAGAAAAAAAAAAGAAACAGAAAACAAAAAAGGCACCGACUGCAAAACUUCCUGAAUUGCACCUACAAAACAAUACACAGCCUGAGAGUGCAGAGUUUUCAACUGUACAGCAAUAAGGAAAUGUGCCAAGGACUUCUCGGUGCUCUUAAAGAGGCUGAGCUGCAAGGAGCUGGGCUUCUCCUUCAUGCACAGCUUCAGCUGCUUUCAGGUGAUUUUGAAAAUCUAAACCCAGUAUUGGAACUGGUUUUCUUCACUGCUUUUCCGUCUUCAGUGAACAGGGUUUGGACAGUGUCAGUUUCUGUUGGUGGUUUGUUUACUUACCUUGUGUCCUCCACUGAGUGAGUUACCAAAUAAACCUUCUGCCUCAAACCUCUGGAACAGCUCAGGCUUCAACCUUUUUGGCUGUGGACCACAAAGCUCUCUUCUUCUUGAGAAGUCCCUGCUACUUUCAAGCAACCUCCUGCCUCUUGAGCUGGGGCAGUGGUGAGGUUUAACACAUUAACAAAUUAAAAAGAGAAAGAUUUGACCCAGCAAGUAAAUUGUUUGGGAAAGUGCCUAAGGUAAUGGAGUUCCUAGGUACUACAGACUAGAAAUAAUGAAUGAGCCAGCUCUCAUCUGGGUGAAAUAGCAUGGCUCCAUCAAAAUUAAUGUAGCUCAUUAAUAGAACAAUGUUUGUGCCUCAGACGUCUCUCCUGUAUUAUGAUUUUAAUGGAUUUGGGGAGCCCAGCUUUAACAAUCUAAAAUCAGAAUUUCAUUAGUAAAAUCCUAAAAAAUGAGACUAAAGAGAAUUCAUUUACUGUGAUGUAUUUUAUGUCAUGCCUUCAAGUGGCCUAAUAAAUAAGAUUUCUAAAUAUAA